ACCUCAAACAGAUGUGUACAAUAAGUUCAAGAUUUGACUGUACAUUUAUUCACUUUGCCUUUGCCUACCAGAGUAAGGAUUUCUUAGGAUUGUGGACAUGGUUUUCUCGGGUUUUUUAAUUGAAACUAAACGUUCAGAGAAGCAUCACACGAUUUCCAAGCUGAUAGAAGUUUCUGUGACUUGGUUUCUGUGGAUGCGAAAGUAACCACAUCGGAUUUUUAAGUAUCACAACGUACUGCGCCGUUUGAUCAAUCCCGAUUUAAUCAAUUAACAAUGAUUGAUAAUCCCUGGAGAUAACAGGACUAGAUUGGUUGAACUCUUCUCAGACCUCUCCCUUUAUACGGAAACUUGUUUUGACAAGAAGUUGAUUGGUUUCUCAAGUGGACAGUGAGAUUCCUUUCGGAUCAAAGCCUAAUGAAGUUGCAGUGUAGCUUUGAUCUCGCCACUGGCUUCGAAAAUGCUCUCUUUGAUCUAUAAAUCUCCACUACUAUGUUUAUACUAAGGGUCAGUAUAAAUGUUUUGCACGGACUGGAGUCCUUCACUUCAUCUCAAUCCGUGAAAACGAACACAUCUACUUUCCAAUUAUCCAAAUUUGGCGCUACUGAAUUCCUGUAGUAUUUCAUCCGACUGCAUUCUAGUGUUGUGUCCGAAGGCCCUAGAAAAUGGAUCCAGUUCAAGUUGCCAUCAAGCUGAGACGUCUCCUUAUUGCCCACGACAAUGCAGUGAAAGAGAUCCUGACAUUAGAUACCCAAGUCUACCAUCUGAUGCGGAAGAUGACAGCCAACUCCUCCAACAACUGCAUAAUCCGAGGUGAACAGCUGAUCCAGAGACGAUGGGUGCUGGAAGGUGUCAAGGAGAUGUUUACCAUCUACAGACAACUCAAGUGGCAAGAGGUGCAAGCCUGUGUAAACGCCAUCACCAAAGAUGCUUCUGCAGAGAGUGAUUCGGAGGCGGACUGGAAUGCAGAUACCUCUUUCAAUGAUGAUGAAGCUUCCUUCACGGAACUCUUGUCCGACAGCUCAUAUAGUGAGGACGACGAAGACCAGGGAGACCUAUACAGCAACGACAGCAGCUACGAUAUGACGACUCUCAGUCGAGCUUUGUCUGUAGACGACAGUGCACUUCAUAGAAACGCCUAAGGGAAAUCACAAGUCCCAUCCACAUCAACUAGUGCUGCAUUUACCUUGUUAUUCAUUUUUUGUUAUUGUACACAAAUGUUGCCUGACAGUGUGCAAAGGGCAUCCUAUUAUAUUGUAAACCACAUUUGUUUGUUGAUGAAUAUGCUGAGGAAAUAAAUAAUGAAGUCGA